UGAUCAUUGAGUUGGAAUCGGGAAGACUGCUACACUGCUUCAUUGCGUUUCUUGACACGGAUUCAGAAUCAUGAAUGGUCAUAUUUACGUUGAUGCAUUUUCGUUGCUACUAAACUACCAUUUGUGGUAUGUUUUGACAUCCGUUCGUAUUGAUUUCAUUUGGAGGGACUCAAGAGCAAACAAACUUUUCAUGGUUCUCAUUGAUCAAAAUAGAGAGAAAGUGUUAGCAGUUGUUCCACAACAAAUGAUGCGCUUUAUUUAUGGAGGGAAUCUAUUGGGUGUUGUGUUUUCUUUAAACCAUUUCCAAAUCGAACCAACCUAUGCUGAGUAUCCGAGAUAUCAAGAAUAUAGUUUAUUACGUGGUGAUUUGAUGAUUAAGAUCAGCAACAACACACGGUUUAAUCGUUUGGCCGAUGCUAUCAUAUCAUGGUUUCCGGUUUUCCCAUUGGUUCCCACAAUAAAAAGUUUAGUAGAAGAUCGGACAGAGAGAAAAAUGAUGAUCGAUAUUGUUGGAAAAAUCAUCAGAGGCAAGCGAAACUAUUCCCGUUACUCUGGUUUACUGACGUUAACUUCUUUCACUUUAUAUCUCCAAGAUGGGCUGGAGUAUAAUAAAGAUGAAACUACAUAUAACCGACCGAACACGCCAUCAAAUUGUGAGGACUGUCUAUGCGAUAGAGAGAAAGUAUAUAAUAUUUGUUUCUCGGGUGAAAUUGGUUCAUUUGGAUUCAAUGAACAUUUUGAUAUCAACCAAACUAAGCAACGUAGAGUUCCAACCGCGGAUGCCGGAAGCAUUUAACAUCAUAAAUAUGCCUAGAAGAAUUUUUAAUUCCGUGUGAGACAUUUGGUGGUGUUUUUUUUUUGAAGUUUUGAUAACUUUUACGAGUGCGUUGCUUUUAUUGUUGAUCUACAUUAAUGUUAGACAUAUUAUGGUGAAUUUUUUCAUGUAUGG